AUGACUUCCAAAGACGACAAGAAAGUCACCAAGACGCAAACUAAUCGCCUACCUGCGCCUGCGCUCUUUGUCGGGCCACCGUCACACAAUGCCUCCAACACAUCGCUGCACGAAGUCCGAACGCCUGCAAGGGCGCCUCUAGUCCGCCAGCGCUCACUCCUUUCUCCAGACAACAAGCGACCUCUUCCACCCACGACCACCAACGAUGGCGACCACCUCAGCCUCACAUCCACGAACCCCUCGGCGCCCUUCCAACGGCGACAAAGACAGCACAGCCAAGCCGCAGAUGCCGAAGCAUCGUCACGCGCAGAAGCGAUAUGGGCAGAGAUGCAAAACACGUUGGAGGAGGUUGAGCUGAGCGCCAUCAAGGGCCCAGGCAUGACUGUCUUCGGCUCUGAACACUCUCGAGCACUAGAUGAGCUGCGAAAAGCGCAGAUAGAACUUGCGAAAGCAUGGGCGCGCUCGGAAGAGGACGAACAGACACCCGAACAACAAAAGAAGUCACAGGACAGCAAAGCGAACGACUUGCAACCCCAGAGUCUUGCGAACCAUCCUCAUGACGGCGCAGGGUCAGGAAAAGGCGAGAAGCUGUUCGACCGGAUCAAGCUGGAGGAGGAAACAGAGAAGGACAUCGAGCUGAGUCGGAAGAGGAGAGAAGAGAACGACCGAUACUUUGAGAAGGUGAACAAGGGUGUGCAAGAAGUCGUUGUAAGACUGGAAGAGGUUGCAAAGGCAAUGAGGGGGGUUGAGAGCGAGAGCAAAGAGAUCUGGGGACACGGGAGUGAAGACAGUAUGGACACUGCGAGUGUUACUUGA